UAUUUCUCCUCUCAUUCACAGUACAGUGCCGUGGACAGCAACCCUCUGUCUGUGUAUGUCAUGCAUCCCUUCUGGAACACGAUAGUGAAGAUCUUCCCUACUUGGCUGGCCCCAAAUCUCAUAACAUUUUCUGGCUUCCUGCUGCUUGUCUUCAACUUCUUCCUCAUGGCAUACUUCGACCCUGACUUUUACGCUUCUGCUCCUGACCACCAGCACGUUCCAAAUGGAGUAUGGGUCGUUGUGGGUCUCCUCAACUUCAUUGCCUACACGUUAGAUGGUGUUGAUGGCAAACAAGCUCGCAGGACCAACUCCAGCACACCCUUAGGAGAGCUUUUUGACCAUGGCCUGGACAGCUGGGCUUGUGUGUACUUCGUUGUGACAGUCUACUCCACCUUUGGCCGGGGCUCCACGGGUGUCAGUGUCUUCGUUCUCUACCUCCUGUUAUGGGUGGUGUUGUUUUCAUUCAUCCUCUCCCAUUGGGAGAAGUAUAACACAGGGAUUCUCUUCCUGCCCUGGGGAUAUGACAUCAGUCAGGUGACCAUUUCAAUUGUCUACAUAGUGACAGCCAUUGUGGGAGUAGAGGCCUGGUAUGCACCUUUCCUGUUUAAUUUCUUAUAUAGAGACCUAUUCACUACAAUGAUUAUUGCUUGUGCUCUCACCGUGACGCUGCCGAUGAGCCUGUAUAACUUCUACAAGGCCUAUAAAAAGAACACCUUGAAGCACCACUCCGUUUAUGAGAUCAUGCUGCCACUGGUGUCCCCAGUGUUGCUUUUUGCUCUCUGCACCAGUUGGAUCUUUGUUUCACCUAUGGACAUCCUGGAGGUCCAUCCCAGGCUCUUCUAUUUCAUGGUUGGAACCGCCUUUGCUAACAUUUCUUGCCAGCUGAUCGUCUGUCAGAUGAGCAGCACUCGCUGCCAGCCUCUGAACUGGAUGCUGCUGCCCAUAGCCCUGGUGCUCUUCGUGGUGGUGUCUGGUUUUGCACCCAGCAGCGAAGCACUUCUCCUCUACCUGUUAACUGCAUUCCUCACCCUGGCGCACAUCCACUAUGGAGUGGUCGUGGUGAGCCAGCUGAGCAGGCAUUUCAAUAUACGACCCUUCUCACUAAAGAAACCCACGCCGGAUUGA